AUGCAUUGGGACAGUCUCUUUCUUUUUUCAUUUCUCUCUUUCUUUUUUCUCUUCUCUCCUCCUCUUCUCUCUCCCUCUCUCCUCCUCUUCUUCUCUCUCCCUCUCCCUCUCUCUCUCCUCUUUUCUUCUCUCCCUCUCUCUCUCUCCUCUUUUCUUCUCUCCCUCUCUCUCUCUCCUCCUUUCUUCUCUCUCUCCUCCUUUCUUCUCUCUCUCUCCUCCUUUCUUCUCUCUCUCUCCUCCUUUCUUCUCUCUCUCUCCUCCUUUCUUCUCUCUCUCUCUUCUCUCCUCCUUUCUUUUCUCCUCCUUUCUUCUCUCCUCCUUUCUUCUCUCCUCCUUUCUUCUCUCCUCCUUUCUUCUCUCCUCCUUUCUUCCCUCUCUCCUCUCUCCUCCUUUCUUCCCUCUCUCCUCUUCUCUCCUCCUUUCUUCCUCUCUCCCUCUUCUCUCCUCCCCUUUCUUCCCUCUCUCCUCUUCUCUCCUCCUUUCUUCCCUCUCUCCUCUUCUCUCCUCCUUUCUUCCCUCUCUCUUCUCUCCUCCUUUUCCUCUCUCCUCUUCUCUCCUCCUUUCUUCCCUCUCUCCUCUUCUCUCCUCCUUUCUUUCCUCUCUCCUCCUUUCUUUCCUUUCUCCUCUUCCCUCUCUCCUCUUCUCUCCUCCUUUCUUCCCUCUCUCCUUUUUUUCUCUCUCCUCUCUUUAUUUCUUUCUUUUUCUCUCUGCACGAUACCCACAAAUUUUCACAUUCAUUUUCUCCAUAUUCAAGAAUCUUCCCAAAAAAUGAAAUUUUUCUACUCAUUUAAAAAUCCUCUUGCUGUUUUAAAAUCUUUUUUCAAAUCUUAUCUCGCCUAUCCUUUAUCCUCUACACACCAUCCAGCCCUUUUAUUCUCUUUGCAAUUUCACGCAAAAAAUUCAUCUCACCCUCUAUCUUGUUCGUUUCUUCGAAAAUUACACUCUCUCUGUCCCCACUCCACUUUUUUCCCUUUCUUUCUUUAUUUUCUUUUGAACUGUUUCUGCACCCGGGUUUUUUUUUUUGUUGUUUUUUUUCCAUUUUGUCUCUCUGCCCACUGUCAGCCCCAUCACCCCCACUCCACCAAACUCUUUCCAAUUCCAUCUCUCUAA